UUGUACAAUUAGUCGCGGCCCGUAUUAUCCAGCGGUGACAGAGGCAGCAGCACAGCGACAAGCAGGCUCCCCAUCACCGCACCGGGGCCUGACAAACAGCACUGUGUUCUGUCUGAACAGGAAAGGCCUAUAACCUAAGGGGGGCUGAGAGAGGGGUUGCAUGAGCUUUCUGAGUUCCCCCCGUCACCAUGGCAUUCAUCAGCCGCUUUCAUAGCGGGGGACCCCCUGUCCUUCUCUGUUAACCCCCCACUCCCCAGGCUGGGCCCCCACACCCUAUACCCAGUAACAUGCCUCAGGGUGGAUCAGAAAGCAGGGAGCAGCAGCCCAUGCCAGUGACCCCCAGGAGCCUGAUCCUCAGCUGCAGGGAGAUUGACAGGCGAGCAGCCCUCCUCUUCCAGCUGCUCCUCACUUCCUGACUUGGACCCUCCAUAUACCCCCCAUCCUCCUGUCACUAUUAUUUUUAUUAUUAUUGUCAGCAUUACAAAUCAUGUUCUCGCCACCUUCGCCUCUAUUUGCUGCCAUGAAGGAAGACGAGGAGGUCGUGACAGUGGGCAAGUUUGAGUUCAAUAAGAAGGAUCUCAUCGGGACUGGAGCCUUUGCUGCUGUUUACAAAGGCAGACACCUAGAGAAACAAGGCUUUCAGGUUGCAAUUAAAGCCAUCAACAAGCGAAAACUGGCUAAAUCCCAAUCUGUUUUAGGGAAAGAAAUUAAAAUACUCAAGGAGCUGAAACAUGAAAACAUUGUCGCCCUGUAUGAUUUCAAGGAAGUGAACAAUUUUGCAUAUCUGGUUAUGGAGUAUUGUAAUGGUGGAGACUUGGCUGACUACCUCCAUACCAUGCGCACGCUAAGUGAGGACACAAUCCGCAUUUUCCUCAUUCAAAUAGCAGGAGCCAUGAAGCUGUUGCAUAGUAAAGGCAUUAUCCACAGGGACCUGAAACCCCAAAACAUUCUUUUAACCUGUGCAGAGGGGCGUAGAUACAACCCUAACAAUAUCCGACUGAAGAUUGCUGAUUUUGGAUUUGCCAGACACCUACAAUAUAAUAUGAUGGCAGCUACUAUUUGUGGAUCACCUAUGUACAUGGCACCCGAGGUUAUCUUGUCCCAGCACUAUGAUGCCAAGGCUGACCUGUGGAGUAUUGGUACUAUCAUAUACCAGUGCCUGACUGGCAGGGCCCCAUUCCAGGCCAGAAACCCUGACGAGCUCCGUAUCUACUAUUUGAAAAACAAGAUCCUGAUACCCAACAUCCCAAGAGAGACAUCAAGUGAUUUAAGACAUCUGCUUCUUGGUCUUCUCCAGCGAAACCAGAAUGAUCGAAUGGAUUUUGAACAGUUUUUCCACCAUCCUUACUUGAAUGCCACUUCCUCCGUGAAAAAAUCUGCUCCUGUGCCAGUGCCCUCAUACCCCAGCUCGGGUUCCGGAAGCUCUUGCAGCAGUUCCUCCACCUCACACUUGGCAUCUCCCCUGCAGUCACUGGCAGAAAUACAGCCACUACAGAGCAAAACACUGGUCUCUCCAAUGCCCGAUUCACCAGGAUUUUUUCAAGAAUCGAAGGAGUCGGCAGGAAGCAGCGGCAAGAAUUCCUCCUCUGACCCAGAUGACUUUGUCAUGGUUCCUGCGCAGUUUCCAAGUUCCCAAGGUGAAAUUGCAGAGGCUGCUGUAGGCAGACCCGUUCCGGACACAUUAAUGUACAGCGGGUCCUUGCUGACAUCAGCAGGACUGGACAUUCGUGCUCAAAGUCCAUCCCCAACUCCUCCAUACAACAACUCCCCUAGUCCUUCUCGACUACCUCAUGCUUCAAGCAGUAGGUCUGGCCAUUCAGUUCCAAUUCCCGUCCCCACACAGAUCCAAAAUUAUCGGCGCAUUGAGCAGCACUUGCAGUCUUCCAACCAGUACACACCACCCAGGUCUGGUGCAGUCCGGAAGUCCAAUAGUGCCAGCCCCCUCAGUUUCUUGAAAACGGGGGCAUCUCCUCCCUUCCCUGUAGAGAGCAACUCUGCACCCACCACAAGGAGGCUUUCUUUUGGUGGAGCAAAGCCAUAUGUUCCCUCUCGACAAGUUGGAACCAUCCCUGAGAAGCCGGGACAAAACAUCAGCACAAGUCCAGCAGGGGCGGAACAUCGAAAUAGGAGCCCUGUUUAUGGUACUCCAGCGCCUGUGCAAUGUUCCCGCGGGAUGGGAUCACGGCUGCACAGUGCCCCCAACCUUUCUGAUGCUCAGCCGUCUCGACAGAAAAUCAAGAAGCAGAACUCCGACCCGAUAAUGCCCCAGGAUCUUCACCCUGUACCUUGCCUGCCUCAUCAGGCCCACAUGCAGUCUCCCCGGUCUCUCAGAUCCUCCCCCAAGCUAUCUGAAUUUAUGCAGAGGAGCCCACUUCCGACUAUACUGGGCUCACCAACAAAGAGCAUAACACCGUUUGAGUUUCCGAGGGGUUCCAGUUCCCAGAACCUGUUGACACUGCUCACUCACCAGGGAGUAAUGGUUCCUCCAACCCGUAAUAAGACUCUCCCUGACUUGAAGAACAUUGGUCAUUUCACCUGUCAGCAACCUAGCCUGGGGCUGUGUCCUGUGGAGGAAAUGAAGGAGCCCUUUGGCAGAUCACUCAGUACAGGCAGACUCACAGAUCUCUUACUUAAAGCCGCGUUUGGGACACAAACACAGGUGGUUGAGGUUGGCAGCAAUGAUAGUCUCAAUGCAGAGAAAUCAAUGGAGAUUGCAGCUCCCUUAAUUAGUUAUGGAGGCAAUGUUGGUGGUUCACUCAGUCCAGCUCCAGUUACCUUCACAGUCGGUUCUCCUCCAGAUGGUACUACUCCACCUCAAACUACAAGGACACGGAUGUUUUCAGUAGGAUCUUCCAGUUCUCAAAGCUCUGCAGGGUCCUUCACUGGCAGACAUCUUCUGGUUGGCACUGGUGUCGAAGCUUUUGAAACUCCAUCCAGCCUACGGUGCACCUUUCCAGAUUUAGGAGGAACCAAUGUUGAUGGAGCCAUUAUGUUUGAAGUUCCCGAGCUGCCUGAAGAGACUCUAAUGGAGCAAGAGCACACAGACAUGCUGCGGAACCUGAGAUUCACUGUGGCUUUUGCCCAUUCUAUUAUGGAGAUUGCAGUUCUCAAAGGAAGCGCGAUGGAUGCUAGCGCUUCAGUGACAUCAGACUAUCAGAUGCAAGAGAGUGUGGUAGCAGAUCAAAUUAGUCUACUGAGCCGGGAGUGGAGUUAUGCAGAACAGCUGGUUUUAUAUCUCAGAACAACCGAGCUCCUUUCCAACGGAAUACAGUCUGCGAUGGAACAUAUCAGCACUGGCAAACUGUGCCUCAGCUCCACUGUUAAACAAGUGGUGAAGAAGCUAAACGAACUGUACAAAUCCAGCAUUUCUUCGUGUCAUUGCCUGAAUGUACGGCUGCAGAGAUUCUUCACAGACAAGCAAAAGUUGAUGGAUAGGAUCAACAGCAUCACAGCUGAGAAACUCAUCUUUAGUUACGCCAUCCAGAUGGUACAAUCAGCAGCCCUGGAUGAAAUGUUUCACCAUCGAGAGGACUGUGUACAUAGGUACCAUCGAGCCUUGCUGCUAAUGGACGGGCUGCUGAACUUUAUGACAGAAGAGGCCGAUAUAGACAACAUAACUAAAUGUAAAUUCUGCAUUGAACGGAGACUGUAUGCACUACAGAGUAGCAUUUGCGCAUAACACGAGCAACCCUAGUCGUUCAGGUGUUCAACGCUCAUUUUCUGAGCAUGAAAUAAAAAGCACCAGAGGAACGAUGCAGUGUUACACUCGUCUGCAUCCGAUUAUCCCGUUUCUCAUCAUGAAUCAGAUAGCUGUGGAAAACGGUGUCAGCAGAUCAUCUUCUAUUCUUCCUUUCUACUGAGUUUGCAGCUGAGAUCACCAAAAAGGGUCAAAUAUAUAUAUAAAGAUACUAAAGUUGAAGUUAAAGUUUGUUCAUGUGCUAUCCAUGUUAACAUUUCAAGUUAUUCAGUUCCUCCAGUCUGCUUGAGAUAACUGUCUGAUGAAGGAAGUGUUGCAGAUAGCCAACUGGCAUCAUCUUGGUGACAAAUGGGAUAUAUAGGAGUGGAUACUGGUUUAGACAGAGCAUGGGAAAAGACUAUCAUGGUUAUGAUGAAAACGCUCUUGGAAUCAGGAAACAAAACACAGAAAAGCAGCUGGUUUGCGAUGUGCUUUGUUAUAACUCUGUUUCUUACAAAUGUUCCCCCAGUUGACAAAUUACUGCCCAAAGUGGCUGUAUUACCUAGAACAGUGUGCACGUGUGUGUAAGAUGCCCUCUUCUUACUAGACACAGACUGUCUGCAUAUAUGACUUUUAAAGCUUCUCUUUGCACAUGAUUUAACAGGUUAAUUUCCACUGGCAUUGAUGGCAUUCAAGUUCUCCUGUUCAUACAAGAAACACUGUUACAUUUUUUUCAAUGAGCGUGAUCCUCGCGUUUGGAGGAAGAAGAAAUUCUAUUAUUGAUACUCUGUGAAAAGAAGAUUUGAUUAACAGAAUGAGUUAGCUGAUCCACUAUCCACGUUCAGCAGAUUACACUUGGCAACGUCCCAGCCACUGCCGCUGACUCGCGCAUAGGGGGAUUUGCUGAGCAUUCUUUCUGAUGAAACAUUUUCUCUCCAGUUUUUAAGUCGGCAAAUAUGAGAAAUACUCUCAGAUUCUGACUUCAUUAAAGCAGUCAAUUUCUUUCAUUGUACCAGUAAGCCAUGUCAGAGUUCACCUUUGAAAUAUAUGUCCCACAGUUACACCUGCUUGUUAAUAUUAGCCUCAUGUGGCACCAAAGGCUUACAUGUGCAAUGUUGACUGGUAUAAUUUUGCCAUGCCGCAUGUUCAUUUUGAAGUGAAAAAAAAAACGAAACCCAAACCUUAUUUAACUUUCUACGCUGCACUUUAUUUGCUUCAAGGAUUACGAGAGCAUUCAAAGGAAAUGCUCUAAGACUGAUGCAGCAUAACAAAGACACAGUGGAAUGACAUUAGGUUAUCACUCCCCUGAGUGUGAUAUUUAUUCAGUUUUAUGUGCGCCGUUUUGGCUGAAUAUUUUGAGCUGUGUCAGUUUGAUAGGUUAUCAGUCAUGGAUAUUUUCCUUAAUAUUGUUUGUUUUUAUACUGCACUACAAAUGUAUAUAAGUCAUUGUACAUAGAUAUUAUAUAUGUAUAUAAUGUAUACUUCCAGAAAUGUAUAUUGCUGUGUAGCAAGAAGAAAAGAAAAAAACCACCCACUCAUUUCCUGUUCUUUACUGCCUUGUCUUCCCCGCUUUAAGCAGGUUUAUUGUGAUAUAUGUGGGUGCUUUUAUCAUUCCCACGCAUGGUUGUGCGCCAGCAGUUUCAACUACAUAAAUGUGAAAGAUACAGCAUGGGGAUUUACCGUCAUAUGGCACUGCUGGAUGGUGACGUUCUGUGUCUUUGAGCAGCAGCAUUGGAAUUGGUCCAGCAAGCAUCUAGACAUUCUUCCAGUUUUUCUCCUCAAUCAAUUGGUACCUAGCCUAGGAAGUAUAUCAGUGCUUGGUCAUUUGAAAUGGGCCAAUAUGACAGAUGCAUUUGAGGGAUAGUUCAUUGUGCAAAAUUGCUUGUGGCACUAAAGACAUUACCACUGGCGUAUGUGUCACUGCCUUCCCUCGCUCAUUAAUUUCAACCUGAUGCUUUGCCUCUCCAGGGAUGUAUGAGAAACUGCCGGAGGGAUUGCAGCUUGCAGCCACUUGACUAUAGCCCGUUUUAAAGAGACACUGGCUGAAGGGCUAAAACUGAAACACUGGUAAAGGCAUAAACUGUAAUCGGCUGCUAUGAAUAGGACUUUGGCUCAGUUUCUGAAGUAUUAAUCAAUAAUCAAGGUUUACAGGUCUCUUACAGCAGCUAGUCAUGUUCAGACGGCGUGUAAUUAAAACCCACCUUAGUAUAUUUGCACAUUAAUUGUUUGAGCCAUGCAGCUCCAUUGGUUAAAUCUCAGCUAUGUAUAUUACAAAUGUCCUUCUCAAUUAUUUCAUCGUUAUACAUGCUUGUGAGAUAUUUCCAUGGUGUUAGUUUUGCCAAACGUGAAGGCGUACUGAGUGAGAACAUGGGGCCAACCUGCUGGGAAUUCGAUUUUUCCAGCACACAAAUCACAUCUUACUAUAACAUCCAAAGUCAUCAACCUUCUGAACACGUAUGGCUGUUUCAAUAUUUGCAUUUCGUUUAUCAAUACUUGAAAUGUUAUUUACUGAUCCUUUUUAAGUAAACCUUUAAAGGGAAUGUAUCAUUAAAGCCCCAGUUUCUUCAACAUAGGAAUUGUGCGACCACCAAUAAGGUAUGCAAGCAAGACAUUUGAAUUUGAACCCAGUUAUUCCCUGUCGGUAACUGUGACCGCACAAUUUUCUAUCGAAAAAGAAAAUCUAUAAUUUUAUAGUGUCUUUACAUGGUGUGGUUGGGUAACUUCAGAGAAGGAAGCAUCUUUUCUGUUGUCUGAAGGGGACGCAAGAGCUCUCAGGACGAACGUCUCUGAAAGCGCCUGCCAAAUUUUAAGCCAUGGGAUAGGUACAAGUGCUAGUUCUUCCUUUACAAAAAGAUAUAGUACAGGAAUUGUCAAUGAGUCAGACAAGACGGAUAGGUUUAUAAUCCUAUAUUUUUUAUCGAUGCCACUCCAAUAUAUAAUCUGUGUGCGUGUUUAUGUAUUUGUGUUUAUAUGAGUAAAACCAAGCUCCGUUCUCAUCACAAUUUCUUUGUGUGUAUUAUAGCAUAUCCCUGGAAAAAUAUCACUAAGGAGCACCAGCGAAUAAAUUAUAUUUUUAGUGAUACUUUCCCUUUAAUGCUUUUAUUGUCGCAGGGAGACCUAAAGAUACAAAGGUUUUCCAGGGACAAUGCUAUUGUGCAGCUUCAAGAAUGAAAUGGUCUUUGGCCGACAAAUGGGCUUAGUAAAUAUGGUUGGUUUGUUUGUUCUUUUGCUAGUAGUGUGUGUGCAUUUUAUCACUUUUAUCUUUAUUUUAUAUGUCAACAUUUCUGCAGAGGUAUGGUAUUUAUUAUGUGAUAGCCAAAAAAUAAAAAAAUUAUAAUCACACACACAAAAAAAAAACAUUAUGGAAAAAAAAGUGUCCUUUAAAAAGCCUUUGCUACAAAAGCUUGGCGGAGCAAUUGCAGUCAAAUUAACGCAAUACUCUGCAAGCUCACGGUUAAUAAGCCUCCGCAAAGGUUGAUCAAUUGUUCUAAAUGCGUGUCUGUGUUGUGUGAGUACUUUGUAAGGGAAGCGAUUGCAUCAGCAACGAUAUUACUUAAAAAUAUUGACCUAUUACCUGUGGCUGGGAUUGCAGAGAUUUAAAUCCCCUUAAUUGUCAGUAGAGGUUUGCAGUAUAAUGCCGGACAUUUCGCUGCCCCCUAUUGCUGGUUAUUGAAUGGUGAAACACACUCUGUCUGCUAAAUACAAAAUAAAAAGCUUUUGUUUUUAUUGUGGAGACCAGAUCUAACAAAACAAUACUCUGCUGGUUUUGAGUUUAUAUGCAAUCCUUUUGUGCUUGUGUUGCAGGGCCCUUUUGUCAUGAAGGGGUUAAAAAAUAGAAAAUAUAGGUUUUCAGGCUAUGGCCAGCAAACAGUUGUCAAAAUGUUGCUUUCCCUCCUCCUUCCCACAACCCCCCCUGUUGAAAGAAUUUGAAGUGAUUUAUUUAGAAUGUCUGCUUUUAAAAUAAAAAAAAAAUAAACCAAAAGGAUCCAUGAGGAUUGUGUUUGAGAGAUUAUAGGAAUGCUUAUGUUUUUAUUUUUUUCUUCCAGUUGAUUGUUUAUAUCAUUGUUGUUUGCGUGUUGCAUUGAUUUUGUUUCUUCUGUUUGUAUAUCUUAAAUAAGAAAAUAAAAAUGCAUUAAAAUCAUGAAA